ACCCUAUAGCCAGGGAAGCCACUGUAGCCACUGCCCUCUCUCUACAAGGAACCCAGGGCCUGAAUAAGGUUAAGGGGCACAGUGUCUUCUUCUGGCCACAUAGCCUACCUUCUUAUAAUCUUCCCACAAGUUUGGGGAAGUGUCAGGCCAGACCCACAUGUCCCCAAAGGGAUUUCACACCUCAGAGCUGAGCGAGAUCUCAUAGGUCAGCUCUCCAAGUGACUUUCACCAGUUCAGGAUCCUCUGACGGAGCAUGAAAUGAAGGGCAGGGCUCCAACACAGCCCAAGAGCUGGCAGCAAGUGGACCUCCGACAUACAGGUCUUUCCUAGUUCUCAGGGGGGAAUCCCAGGAGAAAGGAACGACUUUCCUUCUUUCUUUUACAGGUGAGUAAGAUGAGGCUCAAGCAGCACUGAGUUGCAAAAGCUCACCCAGCAGGCCUCAACUGCGACAGCCGCUGUGCUCCCGGUGCCGGGCACCAAGACUGGUGCCUCCUACGGCCUAGUGCCUUCCGCCUGCAUCGCCCGCUGAUCCCUACCCGGCCAUCUUCAACGUGUUUCCUGGAUGAGCUGAGGUCUCAGUUCACACCGAGGGCUUAGCUCCUCUCCCGUUUGCUUGGAGCAGGCCCACCUUUAAGGAAGGGGUGAUGGAAGGGCCCCUGGAGGAUGGGGAUGAGUCUCCAGAGUCCCAGGGCCAUGCCACCGACUGGAGAUUUGCUGUGUGCAGUUUCAGAGAUGCCUGGGAUGAGGGGGAACCUGCUCCCCAGAUGCAGGCCAAGAACCCCCUUCCUCCAAGCCCACCAGCAGGGGCAGCUGGGGAGGAGCUCCAGGGCAGCCCUCUGCCUGGCGAGCUUCAAUCACCCACAGGACAGAUGGUUGCAGAUGAGUCGGGGCAUGGCCAGAAGGGCACAUUAGGAGGGUUCUCUGUCCAGAUGAAUGAACCAGCCUCCUAUGGAGUGGAGAUCCUCCUAAGUCCAAUGUCUUCCCACCUUAGUCUGGCACAGGGUGAGAAUGACAGCCAAGGAGACUUGGCAGGGCACUCAGUUUCAGGCAGGGUCAUGCCAGUCCGCUUGGACCCUGAAGGGUUGGACAGUGACCCUGUGAACCAUGGAGGUCUUUUAUCUGAGAUGUCGUCAGGGCUACUGGAGGCAGACUCCCACAGAUCCAGGCUCUUGAAGUCCACUGACUGCCUCCUGGCCCAAGACCUUGCCUGGGAGCUGCUUGCCAGUGGCAUGGCUGCCCUGCCAGGGACUCGAGAUGUAGAAGGCCGGGCAGUGCUGCUUCUGUGUGCCCAUAACUCAGCCUGGAAUCACCCCAAGUGCAACAGCCAUGAGCUCGUCCGCCUCCUGCUCUACUUGCAAAGCAUCCCCAGGCCCAAAGUACAGACCUUGGGACUGACCGUACUGGUGGACGCCCGGAUUUGUUCCCCAAGCUCUUCCAUAUUCUGGGGGCUCAGCCAACUGCAAGAAGCAGUCCCAGGAUCAGUGCACCGUGUGCUGCUGGUGGGAAAGCUGCCGGAGGAAGUGCCUGCAGGGCUACAGUUAGAGCAUCUAUCCUCUCACCAAAGCCUGCUGACCCACAUCUCCACUUCAGAGUUGCUCACUUCACUAGGAGGAGGCCUGCCUUACUGUCACCAGGCUUGGCUGGACUUCCGGAUGCGUCUGGAAGCCCUCCUACAGAGCUGCCAGGGGGUUUGUGCCCUGCUUCAGGGAGCCAUUGAGAGCAUGAAGGCUGUGCCCCAGCCCAUGGAGUCUGGGGAAGUUGGUCGACUGCUGCGGCAGGCACGGGUCCUGAUGGAGCAUGUGCUAGACUCUCCACGGUUGGCAUGGCUACAAUGCCAGGGAGCCUUGGAGCUCACAUGGCUAAAGCAAGAGGUGCCAGAGGUGACCCUGAGCCCAGACUACAGGUCAGCAGUGGAUGAGGUUGAGGAGCUGUAUGGCCGCGUGGAUGGAUUGCUGCACCAACUGACCCUGCAGGGUAACCGCCGAAUACAAGCACUGGAGUUGGUCCAGACGCUGGAGGCCCAGGAGGGCGAGCUGCACCAGAUAGAAGUGUGGCUUCAGCAGGUGGGCUGGCCAGCACUUGAGGAGCCCAGGGAGCCCUCACUGGACAUGCUGCUUCAGGCCCAAGGCCCUUUUCGGGAACUGGACCAGAUUGCUCAGGAACAGGUCAGGCGAGGGGAGAAAUGUCUGCAGCCACUGGUUGGCUGUGAUGCGGCCGAACUGGGCCCCUUUGGGGCCCGCUUUCUGACCCUGCGAACCCAGCUGGCCGACUUCUCUAGGGCUUUGGGCCAGCGGCGGCAGCGACUGGCAGAUGCCGAGAAACUCUUGCAGUUCUUCAAGCAGGCCUUGACCUGGGCCGAGGAGGGGCGGCAAGUGUUGGCAGAGCUGGAACAGGAGUGCCCAGGGGUUGUGCUGCAGCGGCUGCAGCUGCACUGGACCAAGCACCCGGACUUGCCUCCUGCCCACUUCCGAAAGAUGUGGGCUCUAGCCACAGGGCUGGGAUCUGAGGGCGUUCGCCAGGAGUGCCGCUGGGCCUGGGCGCGGUGCCAGGACACCUGGCUGGCCCUGGAUCAGAAGUUAGAAGCUGCUCGCAAGUCACCCCCGACGGGUAGCACAGCUAGCCUGUGUGUCAGCCGGGUCCCAGCGGUACCUGCUGUCCCUCCCCUGAGAAAGGCCUAUAGCCUUGAUCGGAAUCUGGGAUUGAGUCUCAGAGAACCUGCCCACCAGUGCCACCAUGAGGCUAUUGUACCUGCCUGCCACAGACCGGAGGCUGGAGAUGGUGCCCAGUCAGGGUCAUGCCCCACCAUGCCUCCUCCAGGGAGCUGUGACCCCAGGAGCCCCAACAGACUUCAGCUGGUGCUGGCGGAGAUGGUGGCUACGGAGAGGGAGUAUGUCCGUGCCCUGGACUACACCAUGGAGAACUACUUCCCUGAGCUGGAUCGCCCUGAUGUGCCCCAGGGCCUCCGUGGCCAGCGUGCCCAACUCUUUGGCAACCUGGAGAAGCUGUGGGACUUCCACCGCCAUUUUUUCUUGCGUGAGCUGGAGGCCUGUACCCAGCACCCGCCCCGGGUGGCCUAUGCCUUCCUGCGCCAUAGGGUGCAGUUUGGGAUGUACGCACUCUACAGCAAGAAUAAACCGCGCUCUGAUGCCCUGAUGACCAGCUAUGGUCACGUCUUCUUCAGGGACAAGCAGCAGGCACUGGGGGACCACUUGGACUUGGCCUCCUACCUGCUGAAGCCCAUCCAGCGCAUGAGCAAGUACGCGCUGCUGCUGCAGGAGCUGGCGCGGGCCUGCGGGGGACCCGCACAGGAGCUGAGUGCCCUGCGGGCUGCCCAGAGCCUCGUGCACUUUCAGCUGCGACACGGCAAUGACUUGCUAGCCAUGGAUGCCAUCCAUGGCUGUGAUGUCAACCUCAAGGAACAGGGCCAGUUGGUCCGGCAGGAUGAGUUCACAGUCCGCUGUGGGCGCCACAAAUCCCUGCGUCGCAUUUUCCUCUUUGAGGAGCUGUUGCUUUUCAGCAAGCCUCGCCAAGGACCCACAGGCAUCGACCUGUUCACCUACAAGCGGUCCUUCAAGAUGGCAGACCUUGGCCUUACUGAGUGCUGUGGGGACGACAACCUGCGCUUUGAGAUCUGGUUUCGCCGUCGCAAGGCUAAGGACACCUUUGUGCUACAAGCCACCAGCUUGGCCACCAAGCAGGCCUGGACAGCUGACAUCUCCCGCCUGCUCUGGAGGCAGGCCGUCCACAACAAGGAGGUGCGCAUGGCUGAGAUGGUGUCUAUGGGUGUGGGGAACAAGGCCUUCCGGGACAUCGCACCCAGCGAAGAAGCUAUCAACGACCGCACUGUCAACUAUAUCCUGCAGUGCCGAGCGGUUCGCUCUCGGGCCUCCAUUGCUGUGGCUCCCUUUGACUCUGACAGCCCCUACCUGGGGGCCUCAAGCGCCCUUCCUGGAGACCCUGCCUCUUGCUCCGUACUGGGGUCCCUCAACCUGCAUCUGCACAGAGACCCAGCUCUUCUGGGCUUCCGCUGGCCCCUGUAUUCCACCAGUUUCCCAGAGGAAGCAGCACUGGAGACGGAUGCCGAGCUGGGCAGUCAGCCAUCUUUGACUCCUGAGGACUCAGAGGUUUCCUCCCAGUGCCCAUCAGCCAGUGGCUCCAGUGGCUCAGACAGCAGCUGUGUGUCAGGGCAGAUCCUGGGCAAGGGCCUGGAGGACUUGUCCUAUGUGAGUGCCAUUUUGCCUUGUACCUACCGGCACUUUCUCAGCUCUCCCUGGGCCUAUGGCACCCUUGUCUUUAGGUGGAAAUGAGGGUGGUGGGACAGAGACAUUCCUUAGAGACCCCACCUGGAUCCUGAGCCAGGGAAAUAUGUGUUCAUACCUGGCUUUGUAUCACAGGUCUGAGCCUGGGCUUGAAGGUUGGCAGUGGAUCCAGGAGUCAUUAGAUCCAAGGAGCAUCACCUCCCUGGACAUAUGCUAUGACCAGGCCAUGGGCGGCAACUGGGUCACCUCCAGCCCAUAUGCACAGUCCUGUUGACCACCCAUUCUGAUGUCUGUGUCCAUUGGACAGAUUGGCAGUCACCUCCCCAGGGGAUUCUGGCAGCAGAGCCUAAAUGAGCACCCUCAUUUUGGGCUCCUAGCCCAUGUCCCCUUCUGUCCCCAUCUUCUGCUCCCACCCAGAGCAGAAGGUGGAUAUAUGUUUCUAUGCCCUAGGCUAGUGGGAUGUUGAAUGGCUCUGGUAGUGACUAAGCUGCCCCACCCUUCAGGAGGAACAGAGGUGGAUUCCUCGCCACUGCUUCCCAACUCCGGGUCUCAAAGCCAGGCUCAUCCAUACUGGACUCUUCCUGUUGCCCGCCCUAGCUCCCCAGUCCAGUUUGGUUACAUGGACUCAGAGGUUUUUGAAUAGCUUUCAGUUAGAGUUGUAUAAGAUUAUUUCACUGGUUGUAAGGUCUUUGGUUCUCAGAGAUGGAGUCCAGACCCUUGACUUGUGGUUUAUUCUUUAUUUGUUUAUAAUAAAAAAUAAAUUGAUAAUGCACCCUUCA